GGGGAUUGAUUAUUCAACAACUCCAUAUGUAUCAAUAAUAUUAUCAUCAACUCCACUUCUUCAAACUAUAUAUAAAUACCUAUGCUGCAUUUCAAUAUUAUCAUCAACAAACAUUUCUUCAUACUUAUUUCUUCAUUAAGAAAAAACAAAGAAAAUGGCUAAGCUUUCAAUGCUCACCUCAACUGCAAUUAAGCCCUUCAUUCUUUGCUUAUUGCUACUAGCCACCACAUUGGCUAGCUCUGCUAGAGUUCUUGAUGAAGUUCCCCCAUUCUUUCCUUUUCCUAUUGCACCACCGGAGAUCGCUGAUGUGGUACCGGAGGUAGCACCCGUCACCACCGCUCUGCCGAGCGGUCAAAUUCCCGCCGCUAUCCCACCAGUCAUUCCCACAGAACCUCUGCCACCUGUCGUUGCACCAGUUGCCGACAUUCCCGACACCACCGCCGCACUACCGGCCACAACCACCGCACCACCAGUGACAACCACCACGCCAGCUGGCGGAGCCACCGCUGCUGCCGCCGCCGCCACCACCACCGGUGGUGGUGGUGGGGAAUCCACAUUUUCCUUCUUCAUGCACGACAUUCUCGGUGGGUCUCACCCAUCCGGCAGGGCGGUCACCGGAAUAGUGGCCAACUCCGACGCGAACAAUCUGCCCUUCUCAAAGCCCAACAACCAAAUAUUCCCAAUCAACGGCGGAGUUCCACUCAACACAAUCAACGGAGCCAUCAACAACAACAACUACCCGUUUCUGGUCGGCCUGAACGGAUCACCGAGCAACACUCUAAUCCAAAGCAACGGCAACAACGUCGUCAGCGGCAACAACAACCAAGCAUUCGUCACCGCCGGACAACUCCCGCAGGGCCUAACCCUCCAACAACUGAUGUUCGGAUCAGUAACGGUGGUCGACAACGAGUUAACGGCAGGACACGAGCUGGGUUCGGCAGUGCUCGGAAAGGCGCAAGGGUUUUACGUGACCAGCUCCUCCGACGGAAGCAGCCACACGCUGGCGCUGACAGCGUUGUUCCACAGCGGCAGCGAACACCACGAGGAGAUUGACGACACCGUCAGCUUCUUCGGGGUUCACAGAACGGCGACGCCGAUAUCACACAUCGCCAUUGUUGGUGGGACAGGUAAAUACGAGAAUGCGAAAGGGUAUGCCACCAUUGAAAGUCUUCCUCAUGAAGAUCAGCACACAACUGACGGUGUGGAGACGAUUACACAUUUCACUCUUUAUCUCACUCCCUAGAGAGAGAGAGAGACAAGAUUAUAUUUCUCUUUUUUCUUUUCUUUUUAAUUUCCUCCUUUGUGCUGAUUUCAUUUCUUUUUCUUUCUUUUUCCUUUUGAUGAUGUAUGGUUCUUUGUUUUUCUGUUGUUGAUGUAUCGUUGUGUCUGUAAUUUACUACGCUGUAAAAAUCAUUUUAUUUCAUCAA